UAUCAAGGACCUCUACACGACGAGAUGAACACUUAAAAAACGAAUAGGGCGUACGUCGACGCCGGGAAACCGAGGAGUGCCGGCCGAUUGGCGAUUGGACGACGGGAUAGCGAGAGGACACGAAGUUGGAGUACGACAUCGAAAGAAUACGAAAGUACGAACUAGUACGAACACAAACGACGCGAUCGAGAGUCGUGGAAUGACUUAUCGUUCGUCUCCUCGAUAUUUCACAUGGUUUUACGUGCUUUUCUAUCCUGAAAGUGACGAAAAACGCUAAAAUAACAAGGAAUAUGUUGAAAUUUAUCAGAGGAAAGGGUCAGCAACCUACAGCUGAGCGUCAGAAGCUGCAGAAGGACCUCUUUGCCUUCAGGAAGACCAUACAGCAUGGUUUUCCAAAUAAGCCCACUGCGUUCGCAUGGGACCCCAGCUUGAGGCUCAUGAUAAUCGGUACUGCGUCUGGAGCCAUUAAAGUAUUUGGUAGACCAGGUGUUGAAUUUUAUGGGCAACAUACGACAGAAAGUGGGGAGAAUGCUGUCACCAAAAUCAUCGCACUUCCCAAUGAGGGACGAGUUGUCUCACUUUGCGACGACAAUUCUCUUCACUUGUGGGAGAUCAAUGAGAGUUCUUUGGUCGAAACUAAGUCUCUUUCUCUCGAAGGAAAGCUCAAAAAAAUAUCUGCAAUGUGUCUGGAAUCCAACGGGGAUCAUCUUCUAUUGGGGACCGAAGGGGGAAAUAUUUAUUUGUUGAAUCUUAAGACAUUCACCAUGUCUGAUAAUAUUAUUUAUCAGGAUGUAGUGAUGCAGAAUGUCCCGGAGGAUUACAAAAUUAAUCCUGGAGCAGUUGAGGCAAUAGCUGAGCAGCCUGGGCAUCCGGAUAAUAUUCUUAUUGGAUAUAAUCGCGGAUUGAUGGUUCUGUGGAACAAGGCUACACCUGGGGCUCAACAACUGAUGGGUUUGUUUUCGCGUGCGCAGACAUUCGUCUCCACGCAACAGCUGGAAUCUGUGUACUGGCUCUCUGAGACACGAUUUAUAUCUUCACAUAACGACGGAUCUUAUGCAUUCUGGAGUGCCGGGAAUGACACUGUACCGGAAUCUACAACUCUCUACGGACCUUUCCCCUGCAAAGCUGUCUCAAAAAUACUAGCUCAUCCAAUUAGCGAUGAGGAUGAAAUUAUUUUAUUCUCCGGUGGAAUGCCUCGCGCGAGUUACGGGGACCGACACACUAUAACGGCUAUGACUAAAGAGAAACAUGUUGUCUUCGACUUUACUUCAAAGGUAAUCGAUUUUUUCACCGUCAUGCCCAAAGCAGAUGAAGAUAGCAAGGGUGGUCUGCAGACCCCGGAAGCUUUGAUAGUUCUAGCUGAAGAAGAACUAGUUGCUAUCGACUUGACGAAUCCAGACUGGAAAAUGAUGGCUUUGCCGUAUUUGGUAUCUUUGCAUGCAAGCGCGGUAACUUGCUCACAACACGUGCCUAACGUUCCGCAAGAAUUGUGGAACUCUAUCACAGCUGCGGGAAAAGCUCAAACAGAACAUUUGUACUCUGAAAAAACAUGGCCAAUCGACGGCGGUCUAAUUCUAUGUAAAAAACCUGCAAAUCCAGAUAAACCAGCCAAUAACGAACUGCUUUUGACUGGACACGAAGAUGGAACCGUCAGAUUUUGGAAUGCAUCUGAUGUCGCUCUUACGCCUCUAUAUAAGUAUAAUUCGUCCAUUUUAUUCACUGGGGAGCAUUUGGAUGUGCUCGAACAGCCACCAGAAGAUGAGGAGGAUGAAUGGCCACCUUUUAGAAAAGUUGGCACGUUUGAUCCUUACUCGGACGACCCUCGUUUAGCUGUUAAAAAAGUGUUGCUUUGUCCUCUUUCUUCGACGCUAGUCGUGGCUGGCACAGCGGGCCACGUUAUUACUGCCGUUAUUUCGUCAGAACCAGUGAAUAAAGAAAUCAAAGCGGUUACUAUGAACAUAGUCAAUGAUCGAGAUGGCUUUGUUUGGAAGGGGCACGAUCAGCUCCCCGCGAGAUCAACUAGUAUAUCGUUUGCUACCGGAUUCCAACCACAGAAUCUGUUACAACUCCAUCCACCUGCUGCUGUUACUGCCCUUGCUCUACACAGCGAAUGGGGACUUCUAGCUGCUGGAACAGCGCACGGAUUAGCUCUUUUUGAUUACAUCAGAUCGAAAACAGUCAGUGUCAAGUGCACCUUGAAUCCAAAUGAUUUGACUGGCGCGGGAGAUACGCCGAUAUCUCGGAGAAAAUCGUUCAAGAAAUCAUUGAGAGAGUCAUUCAGAAGACUGAGAAAAGGGAGAUCGCAACGGCGAACAAAUACGGGUAGCCCUACUGCCCCUGAUAAAAAGAAAGAACCACCAACUCCCGCAUCUUCUCCAAUUGGAGAUAUUUCUUCAGCUGAAGCGAAACCUGUAGAGAGACAAAUAGAAGCAAGACCUGUAGAUGAUUCCCUAGGUUCAAUGGUUCGCUGUUUGUAUUUUGCCCGUAGCUACAUAAUUAGCAUGCAAAAUACAACUCCGACUCUUUGGGCGGGCACAAAUAAUGGAACAGUUUAUGUUUUCACUUUGGCAAUUCCUGCGGGAGUCAGGCGAACUGAAGAAGAUGUAAAUUGUACUCUUGGUAAAGAAAUACAGUUGAAACAUCGAGCGCCUGUUAUUGCGAUAACCAUCUUGGAUGGAUCUAGUGUUCCUUUGCCCGAGCCAUUUGAAGCAGAGAAAGGAGUGACACCAGGUCCCGAUAUGGCAUCACCUCACAGAGUAGUGAUUGCGAGUGAAGAACAAUUCAAAAUUUUCAAUCUACCUUCCUUAAAACCCUUCUGCAAGUACAAGUUGACUGCACAUGAAGGAUCCAGAGUGAGAAAAACCGGAUUUGCUAAGUUCAGCUGUGCUGUAGAGCCAGCGGGUACACACGAAGAAACGUGUUUGCUCUGCCUCACAAAUUUAGGAGAUUGUCUUUUGCUCAGCGUUCCGGAUCUUCGAAGGCAGCUGAAUGCAGCUGCGAUAAAGAGAGAGGACAUCAACGGUAUUUCUUCACUGACAUUCACCAAAGCUGGAGAAGCGUUGUAUCUCCAUUCUAGUUCGGAACUACAAAGAAUUUCGUUGUCUGCGACUCGAAUUACGAAGGCUCAUUGCGCGUUAAAUUUACCACCGAAUGCUCGAGCUACAGAGGCGCCGGCGGACGAAGUUAGGGAAGAAGGAAAAGUGGAAGGGAUCCCGGAAACAGACGGAGAAACUCAGGGUAGCCAUCCUGUUGCAGCGCCUCGCACCCUUUCGGAGAAUGGUACUCUGGGGUCAACUGGUGAAGAAUCUUCUAAAGAACCUUCUCUUCGACCAGCUGCCAGUACCUCGGAGGUCAAUGGAGAUGAUGAUCGCAACGAUCUAAGUUCAAUUGGGGACAUAACAAUUGACAGUGUCAAGGACCAUUUGCUUAACAGUUCACUUUUCAGAAAUGCAACAUCCUCUGAGGAUUUGCACAGCCGGUUAGCUGGCCUGAAAAUGGAAGUUACUUCCCGCACCUCUGAAAUAUCUACUCAAAAUCAGUCAUUAGUGGUAAAAACUACGACAGUCAUUACCCAAGCUUCUAGCAACGGAACAAGCAAUGGGGACGUUGAACAAAAUCAGUCAAACGAUGUCCAGCAGCUCAACAGCACCACGGUAGAGCGAGAAAUUUCAAGUGGGACAGAGACUACAACAACACAUGCAACGAUUACGCUGCCCCCAAAUGUCGAGAUUAGCGCAGCAGAUUUAGCUAAUCUUGAAGUAACUACGACAACGGUGACAACUGAAAAGUCCAAGGCACCACUGGCAAGGCCCGAAGAAGUAGGAUCUUAGAGUUUACGACUGUUGUUGGAGUUCUGAAAAAGAGUAAGGUACGCAGAGAAGCAGAUUAUAGUUAGAUACACUCAAUAACGUUGUACGCAGCGGCUAGCUACAAGUUUGUACACAAUACCGUAGAUUUUUAAAAAAAUCUAGAACAUUAACUGGCGUUCACUUUCUUAAUUGAAAUCAAUAUUUUACACCAGUGCUGUAUAGUGUGUAAUGUGCAGCUAUAACGAAAAAUGAUAACGGCUAUCUUCCUAACUACACAUUCUUUUACCACUUUAUAUCGUCACCAUUCAUUAGAAAUAUUCCAUAAUUUGCUUUCUAAUUUUUAUGUUUGGUUCCAACGUAGAUAAUAUUCUUUUUUUUUUCAUUUUUUCUUUUACCUUCUUCUUAAGUUAUUUCCCGAAAUUGUGUUGAACUAAUAAUAUAAAUAAUUACAAAAAUUCAUGUCAGUGCUCUUCUCUCUAAUAUGCUGUUGUUGUACUUAAGACUGUAGUCUGCUAUGGUUGUUGAUAAACAAUUAUCAAAUUAUACGCAUUAAUUUAUAUAACAAUAUUAAUACAAGCAAAAUCAAUUUGUUGCAUUUAAUUUUUCUAUUCAAACUGUCUAUGCAGAACGCGCAUUGAAUAUGUUUUCUAACGAUCAUUGGGAUACAGGUAGUGCUCUCAUUGUCGCAUAAUUCAGUAUAUGAAACCAUAAACUAUUUUAGUUACAAUCAAUAUCAAAUUGAUGCUGAAAGUCUGGCCUAAAGAAAAACAAGAACAAAAACGAAAAAACUGUUUGUAUUUUACUAUUUUUGAGUUGAUUGUACAAUAAUAGGCAUAAUUAUAUGUUAUUUGGAGCCACAGUGGAUAGCGAAUAGAGUUAAACAAGUUUUUAUUACAAUAGUCUAUGAACUUUAUACUUUGUUUCUGUUAACUGGAUAGUAAAAUACCUACUAUGCCAAAUAGAAAUUACUAUAACUGGAAAAUUUUAAAACACAGUGUUUUAAUUGUGUUUGAAUUUUUAAAACACUGUAUAGAAUGAAUAUACAUCACAGAUUGUGAGAAAGGCAGCCAUAUCGUAGCAUUAAUAAUGGUAAUGAUAAUAAUUUUAAUAAUAAUAAUAAUAAUAUUAAUAAUUUUCAUUUUCUCCGGAGUGACAAUGCGACUUAAACCGUCUGCAGUAUUCUAAAUGUUUCAAUUACAUAUUAAGCUCAAUCUUGGAAGAGAUGUUUGAAAAUAAAAAAGAGAAAUUGAAAAAAAUUCUUAUCACGGAUUUGAUCAGUCAAAUGAAAGAUAGCUACUUAAUAAAUAUAUUUUUUUUAGAAGCAACUUGCAAGAUGGCUUUCAAAACGAGCAGCAACAUACACUUUGAAAAUAUAUUUUUUAUUGAUGUUGUUUAAUCUUUAAGUUUUCACCCUGAUUUGUGAAACUAGAUUUUUAUCGUUGAUAUAUGAAUACGUUCUUCCUUCGCUUUUCCGUUUUUAUAGGUACAAUAAUUCAAUUAUAAUUCAUUUUUGUUUUUAUCAAUGUUGAAGUUGAUUAUGCGCUAAGAUUGUGUUCAUAUGACAUAGUAGAAUUCUCUUCUGAUUUGGUUUACGUUCAGGUAUUGAAGAAUAAAAUCCAUCAUUUUUCAUUUGUAUAUUAUUAUUAUUAUUUUUUUCUUUUUUAUGGAUACAGUUCAACAUUAUGCAAAUGUUUGGUAUAUUUAUAUUCUAUAAUCGGUGGAGGACACAGCAUAUUAUUUUAACCCCUAAUUUCGAAUGUUAUGUUUAAUGAAUGCCCAUUAAAUCACUGCUAAAUGUAAUCUUUUGUAAUCUUCACUCGUAUUAGUAUUUGCCCAUUUUAUUUUAUAUCUCGCAUAAGAUGCGCCGGACAUACAUACAUCAUUUCGUUCAUUUCUUAUCCUAAUAGGCAUAAUUUAUUGAUCUUCAAAGUUUUGAUGAAUUUUUACCAUAGCAAGGUCGUUUACAACUAACAUAUGAAAGCAUUCGAUUUGAGGUAGAUAUUUUGUGGAUGAAGAAAAUAAUUUAAAUACGCAAAAAAAUUGCCCUGCAUUAAAAGAUUAUAAAUAUAUAUAUAUAUAUGUUUUUUUUUUGUCCAUUAUUUGUAGUUCUAAAAAAUUAACAGACUUUUUAUUCCCUAUUUGCAAGUUUGAUAUGAAGUAAAUUUAAAUAAUUAAGUAAUGUGGUUUUUUAAUGAGAUCAAGAAUUUACGUGGGGCCUUUGUAGAUAGAUUUUAAUUAUCUAAUUAUCUUAAAUGAAUAAUUAAUGAAUUAAUAAUUACUAUUAUAUCAUAUAUUAUUAUAGUUUAAUUAUUGAUAAGAUAAAGAAAUAUUCUGUAUUACUAAUUUUAAUACGAAAUUCAAUGGAUAUAUUCAUUAAAAAAAAACCACAAAAAAAACAAAAAAAAACAUUAACAAUCGGUUUAUCCACAAUUUAUAAGAUAAUCUGUUCGUUUCGUAAUCAUAAAACUUUUUGUUACACAAAUAUUCACGGUCAAAAAUUUAUUAUAAAAACUAAAAUAUUAAACCAACAUAAACUUGUCGAAAAUUUUAAGGCAAUGCACGGUAUACAAAGAAAUUGAACAUGACACUACCUCCAGGCUAGAUUAUAAAGAUUUGUAAUUCCAUUGACGUUUAUACGUAUUAACUUAUUUGAGGAUUACUCCAGUUCAAACUUGACAAAUUCAUUGGUAGAUUUUUUUCUACGGCUUAUCUAUAACCGACUACAUAAAACAUCACUUUAAUCCUAACAAUAAACGCCUUUAAGAAGAAUAAAA